CCAGACUGUCGCGAAUGAUCCACUUCUGCUGCUGGAUGACGCCUCAACUACACACAUUUCCCGGCCUACAACCCUAGCGUCGAGCAUGCGUAUCUUGGAUAGGCACGCUUUGCGACAAUGCAUCUCGUGAAGCCGCUAUGGUUAAACCAUCCCGGCGAACUGAAAGACUUUGAAGUCUAUAGUUGUCAUGUUUCUCCCGAUGGAAAGCGACUAGUAACUGCUGCCGGAGAUGGAUACGUGCGUAUAUGGUCCACGGAAGCUAUAGCGAACUCGAACAACCCCGAAUAUACGAAACCUAAACAACUUGCGGCCAUCAGCCACCACUCCGGCACGAUACACGCUGCGCGUUUCUCCGGAAACGGGAAAUAUCUGGCAUCAGGGGCGGAUGACAAGAUAGUGUGUGUCUAUACGCUCGAUCCGAAUGCGCCGGCUCAUGUUUCUGCAUUUGGAUCAACUGAGCCUCCUCCGGUGGAAAACUGGAGAGUCCUACGGCGCCUCAUCGGACACGAUAACGAUGUACAGGAUUUAGGCUGGUCCUACGACUCCUCGAUUCUGGUUUCGGUCGGAUUGGAUGCGAAAAUAGUGGUAUGGUCGGGGCAUACGUUCGAGAAGCUGAAGACCCUAUCACAUCAUCAAAGCCAUGUCAAAGGUAUCACAUUCGAUCCCGCAAACAAAUAUUUUGCAACCGCCAGCGACGACCGCAGCAUCAAGAUAUUCAGAUUUACUCCUCCGCCGCCGAAUGCGACAUCACAAGAUCAAGUUAAUAACUUUGUGCUCGAGACAACAAUUUCGGAACCUUUCGCGGCGUCUCCGCUCACUACAUAUUUCCGCCGAUGUUCGUGGGCACCCGAUGGGAGCGCAAUCGUCGCACCGAACGCGACAAAUGGACCUAUCAGCACAGUUGCCGCAAUAGCACGAGGAAGCUGGUCUGCGGAUACGAAUUUGGUCGGUCAUGAAGGACCUGUGGAGGUGUGCGCUUAUUCUCCAAAGAUAUUUUUCAGGACGGGAAUGCAGAAAGUUACUGGUCCGGAAGGGCGCGAAGUCGAAGUGGAAACGGCGCCGGUUUACUUUUCCGUGGUUGCGUGCGCAGGUCAAGACAAAACCCUUAGUGUCUGGACCUCGACAGAUGCGCGUCCAUUCGUCAUUACACAAGAGGUGGCGGCGAAGUCAAUAACAGACCUGGCUUGGGCACCCAGCGGAGAGACGUUGUAUAUGACUUCUUUAGAUGGAAGCAUCCUCACGGUUAUUUUUGAGCCUGGGGAGCUAGGACAGAUCGCACCUACCAAUGAGAUCGAACAGUCGUUGCAAAGGUACGGGGCCGGACGGAAGAUCGGUAUCGUGGAAGGUACUGAUGCCCUGCGACUUGAGGAAAGCAGCAAAGCUGGUGCGCGGAAGGGAGUUGAGGGCCGAAUGGGCGCCCUAAUGGGAGAUGGCGAGGCGGUGCAGGCUCAACCACCCACGAACGGUACAUCGACAAGUGGCGCUGCAACCCCUCAACCUUCCGCCCCUCAAGCUCCCGCAAAUCCGGCACCAGCAGAACCUCCGCCCGACCAGAGAGUGGAGAGGCUCAAACAACGGGUUACGGUCAGCAAAGAUGGCAAGAAGCGUAUAGCUCCACUGCUUGUAUCUGCGUCCUCCGGCGUGGGAGAGUCAUCAUUACCCCAGACCCAGCUGCUCUCUUCAACAGCUGCGGCAACUGGGAGAAAUGACAAUCCGCACAAUAUCCUGGAUCUUUCGAAACCGUACGACGGAUUCCCCAAGGGAGGUUUGGCGACUCUGCUCAUAGGCAACAAGAGAAAAUUUGCCGAGAUUGAGGGCGACCCCGAGCGGCAAGUGGAGAAGCGCCUUGCUAGCAGUGCAAGAGAAGGAGGAGCAGCGAUUGUACUCAAUGGCGAGAAUGGCCUCAUCCCGCCAGCUCUGGCCGAACCUAAACCGGCCACGGAGAUUCCUGCAGUUUUACGACCUGCCAUUGUGAGCCCGGCUCUCAGUGUGAGCCAAGUACGGCUUGCCGUACCGAAGUUAAGAAGUGUUAUAGUGCGGACAAUGGAUGGGAGCGAGCCCCCUCAGGCCCACACAGUGGAUUCCAAUACUGGAAGCAGAGCUGAUAGCGACACUGUGUUAUUGGAGGCACGAAAUGCAACAGGACCGUCUCGGACAGGUCGGCCACAGGAUCAUGACCCAGCUCGUUUGAGUUGCACAAAGAAAGGGCAGAGUUUAUGGCAAGAUUACCUCCCCAGAUCAGUGCUGCUGGUCACCGGUAAUCCAAACUUCUUUGCGGCAGCCUGCGAAGAUGGAUCUAUAUACGCAUGGUCCCCAGCUGGCCGUCGCAUACUCAACGCUCUUGUCCUGGAAGCACAACCUGUCAUUAUGGAUUGCCGUGGCUGGUGGUUAAUGUGUAUCUCAGCAGUGGGCAUGUGCUAUGUGUGGAAUCUCCGCGAUAUGUCGGCACCACACCCACCAGUCUCUCUCGCACCGGUAUUGGACAUUUGCGCCUAUGCACAAGGUCCGCACCUGACCCGCUCGCCGGGAAUCAUCUUCGCCCGCUUGAACUCAGAGGGACGUAUCAUAGUGGCUAUGUCCAACGGGGAGGGUUAUACAUAUUCACCAAUGAUGUACACUUGGCAACGCAUCUCGGAGGCAUGGUGGGCAGUGGGCAGUCAGUACUGGAAUACCGCCGACUCCUCCGUGGGGAACAUCCAGUCGACCAGCGGUGCAGGCCCUUCGAAAGAAACGAAUGACCAAGUAUCUCCAGAGAAUAUAUCUGCCGGCAUCAUACCCCUCCUGGAGCGCAACACAACGAAUCAAUUCUUGCUCCAAGGGCGUGCUUUCUACCUACAACGCCUGGUGAAAGCACUAAUAGCAGCUGAGGGGUACGAGACCUUUGAGUCAUGCGUGUCAGUAGCGCACCUCGAGAACCGACUGGCGGCCGCGCGGACGCUGGGUGCUCGAGAAGAAUAUAAGAUCUACCUCUUGAUGUAUGUCAAGAGGCUUGGUGCUGAGGGGCUCAAAGGGAAGAUCGAAGAGCUUCUCCGUAGUCUGAGUAGUGAUCUACUCGUGAGCGAGGAGGGAGUGGACCAAACCAAGGAGAAUCAGAUAUGUGGCUGGAGUAAGGAGGAGCUGCUCCGGGAGCUCAUCCUUGUACUAGGCAAACACCGAGACCUCCAGCGCAUAACAGUUCCUUAUGCACGCUUACUUGGCGUCCUGGACAACAAUGAAAAGGAUGCCGACAUGCAGGAGUUAUAGGGGAGCGUUCAUGUAUUUUGGAACCUGGGAAGAUGGGUUUCGGUAAUUGAUAUCUGGGUAUUCGCGUUGGACGCUGAAUGGGCGGGGUUCCUGGAUGUCUUAGUGUAUUCUUGUCGGGCCCCCUGGCGGGCGUUAGUAUUCUACCUCACUGUGUCAUAGUCCUUGUAGUUGUAGAGGUGUGCUUCUCCGGAUGGUGCUCUGGAUAGGGAGAUGGCGUUUUCCGGAGUACAGCAGGAUGGCAGGGCUCCGCUACAUGCGCGUGUCGAGCUGAAUUCUAUUAAUUUCAGUCUACAAUGUAAAUUCUCUGGAGC